GUAGGGUAGUGUUUUGUUUUGUUUUGUUUUUGUAAGCCAAUAUUCUUGCUUGCUUGCUUGCUUGCUUGUCCUCAAAAACUAUAAUGGCAUCUCCACUUUGGUAUAUUUCUUUCUUUCUUUUCCCUUUUUCAUGAUUAUUCUUCUUCUACUUUCUUUAAUGCCUAAUGGGGUUUUCUUCUCUUUCUCUCAUUUCUUUUUUGCUUUAGUAAGUAGCUCAACUUCCUUGUUCUUCCUCUCACAAUUCCCAUGAAGGCCUCUCCAGGUACAUCUAACCUUUGCCCUUCUCUAAAGUCUUUAUCUAGUAAAGUAGGAGGCAUUUUUUGCCAUUGUGGCUCUCCAAAUAAAUAUAAGAGAUUGGAUACAAAGCUUGAAAGGAAGCUAGUUGAAGUGAAGAAAGGGUCACAAGGACAUGGUAAUUUUAAGUCAAUCAACAGCAUAAUUUUGAAGUUUCCCAGGUUUAAAGAGGAAUUGAAAAAAAUCAGAAGUGUUUUUGAACAAUAUGAUGAAGAUUCUAAUGGAGCUAUUGACCGCGAAGAACUUAAAAAAUGCUUACACGAAUUGCAACUCCGUUUGACUGAAGAGGAGAUUGAGGAUCUUUUUCAUUCUUGUGAUAUUGAUGGGAGUGAAGGGAUACAAUUCAAUGAAUUCAUUGUUCUUCUUUGCCUGAUUUAUCUCUUGAAGGACCAACCUUCACCCUCUCAAACUACAUCAUCAAAGAUGGGUUCACCAGAGCUCGAAGCAACAUUCGAUACUAUAAUUGAAGUGUUCUUAUUUCUUGAUAGAAAUGGUGAUGGAAAAUUGAAUAAGAAAGACAUGGUCAAGGCUUUAAAUGAUUCUUCUACUUCAGAGAGAUCCCCUGCACACAUCACCAGGAGUAGAUUCAGAGAAAUGGAUUGGGACAGGAAUGGGAAUGUUAGUUUCAGGGAGUUUCUUUUCGCUUUCAUUCAUUGGGUCGGACUUGACACCGAUGAAGAAGUUCCUCUAACAGGAAGUUUCCAUGAUAUUAAGUGAAAAUGUGGAACAAUACUUGCUUCUAUUAAUAUUCAAACAUCUAAAAUAUGUUGUUAAUGAGGAGAGUUAGCCAGUAAUUCAUGUCUAGCUCAUCAAUGGUGUUUCAUUUCGAUUUAGCUAUAAACCUCUUUGUGAUAAACAGUGAUGUAAUAUUCUUCUGCAAAUCUGUAAUCUUGAUUGGAAAUAAUAUGAGCAAAAAUUCUCAGAAAA